AUGUCAGCUGAAGAAGAGAAUCUGAAAGUUUUUCAGGGCACACCGAGUGAAGAUGUCCGUUUAGAAAAUCUGGGAUAUGAGCAGGAGCUGAAACGAUCUUUCGGGUUGAUGGGAAUGAUAGGUUUCAGUUUCAGUGUUGUGACAUCAUGGACUGCACUAAGUGGAGUCUUCAUUGUCGGAGUAUCUUCCGGCGGUCCUCCAGUUAUGGUGUUUAGUUUCAUCGGUGUUAGUCUGUUGACUCUAGCUGUCGCAAUUCCCAUGGCAGAAAUGUGCUCUAUGUAUCCGGUGGCAGGUGGUCAAUAUUCCUGGGUCGCGGCACUCGCUCCACCAAAAAUCGCUCGAGGUCUUUCAUACGUGACAGGAUGGUUCAUGCUAAUUGGUCUCUUGGCUAUGGGUGCCACGAACAACUCAAUCGCUUCCAACUUUGUCUUGGGAAUGGCAAACCUCGUUUUCCCCGAAUUCGGAAUUCAAAGAUGGCAAACAGUGCUGGUCGCCUACCUUGUCGCAUUCCUCUCUGCUGCUGUCAACCUCUGGGGCUCCCACUUUUUGCAUAAAAUCUCGAAAGCAAUUCUCAUCUGGAAUGUCGCCUCGUUCGUUAUCGUUACUGCCACAAUUCUCGCUAUGAAUGAUCACAAGCAGCCCGCUUCUUUCGUGUUCCAGGAUUUCCAGAAUGGCACCGGCUUUGGCACUGGAAUGGCUGCUAUUAUCGGUGUUCUCCAAGCUUGCUUUGGCAUGUGCUGUUACGAUGCCCCGUCACACAUGACCGAAGAAAUGAAGUCUGCUUCUAAAGAAGCACCCAAGGCUAUCAUUCUCGCUGUUGUUCUUGGUGCUGUGACCGGAUUUGCUUUCCUUGUCACCCUUUGCUUCUGCAUUGGUGACAUCGAAACGACUGCUAACACAAGCACCGGCGUCCCUGUGAUUCAGAUCAUUUAUGAUUCUACUGGAAGUGUGGUAGCGACUUGCAUCUUAUCGACUUUGAUCUCGGUAAUUGUGAUUGUCGCGGGGAACAACAUUCUUGCCGAGGGCUCGCGAUCCGUCUACGCCUUUGCUAGAGACAACGGCUUGCCCUUUUCAAAGUUCUUCAGCAAGGUUGAAAGCAAGACCCACGUUCCUGUCAACGCCGUGCUUCUCACCUUAGUGGUCCAACUUGCGCUCGAUGCCAUCGAAUUCGGUACCACCACUGGCUUCCAGACCGUCAUUGCCAUCUCAACUGAAGGCUUUUACCUUUCGUACGCAAUGGCACUGUUCAGCCGCCUGGCUGGCUACUAUACCGGCCACGUAACUAAGCUCGACGGACCAUACUCAUUCUCAGUACCAGUAUCGAUCGCUCUCAAUGUCAUCGGUCUGGUCUUCCUUCUCUUCGCUGCUAUCACCUUCAACUUCCCUAGUGAAUAUCCGGUUACUCACCAAUCAAUGAACUAUACCAGCGCUGCUAUUGGUGUAGUUGCUCUGAUCAGUUUGGUCACUUGGAUCACAACGGGUCGUAAGCAGUUCUCGGGCCCUGGCGCAGUGAGCUUUUUGAGUGGUCAGAAUACUGUAACGCAGCAUGUGGGCGGAAUGGAUGCUCAACGUGUGGAUGAGAAGAAGGCAUAA